AGCCCCCUUUGAACAUCUAGCUGGGGGUCCUACUCGGGAACACCCUUCCAAGAUGGCAGCCAACAGUAGCAACACGGGUAGCAAGACCAGCAGCAGUGGCGGCGGAGGAAAACAGUCCGGCCCGUCGGCUGAACAGGUGGUGGCAACAUUUCAGAGAAUGCGCCAGGAACAGCGCAACAUGGCGUCUAAAGCUGCAGAGCUGGAGAUGGACAUCAAUGAGCACAGUUUAGUAAUUGACACUCUAAAGGAAGUGGACUCUUCGAGGAAAUGCUUUCGUCUGGUUGGAGGAGUGUUGGUGGAGAGAACAGUGAAAGAAGUUCUACCUGCACUGGAAAACAACAAAGAACAGAUUUCUAAAGUAAUCGAGACCAUCAACACGCAGAUGCAAGCGAAAGGUCGGGAGCUAACGGAGUACAGAGAACGAUACAACAUCCGUCUGGUCGGAGAGGGCGAAGGAGAGGGCCAGGGCCAGUCUGCGGCACCGUCCGGCAACAGCGAGGGAGGCGGAUCUAAAAGCGGAGCUGGAGUUUUAGUGUCGUAGCUUGUGAGGAUAGACAGUGACGGAAGGGCCUUCUGAUUACUGCAUCAUCAAACAAAGAAAAUUUAAACCUUGACGAAAGAAAAAAAAAAAUCUGAACUCUUCACAGAAAACGUUUGGACCGGGGGAUUUACUGUAAUUUCUACAAAAAUGUAAUACACUUAGUUUUUCACAUCCGAUUCAAGCAACUGUAUUCCGAGUCCGUAUGUUUGGAUAUAAGUAAUAUUUGUCUUAAAUGUAUCUUUUUUUUCCCCCCCUGAAAUACUUUCUUAAGCAACUACCAAUUAAAUGCAUACCCUUUUUUAUUUUAAUUUUCUCACAGGCAGUUUGACAUAAUUUUCUUUUUUAGGAUUAGGAAAAACACUUAAAUGUUAAGAGUUCUGUAGUGCGGAGUUGAAAAUAACCCAAAAUACCUUGAACAUCUAAGUGUCUUUUGCCAUUGAUAUUUGUAUACGUUGGUAUUUCCAACACUUCAACUUUUGCACUAUUACCUUAAACAGAUGGAGAAGAGUUGAAUGUGUGGGAGUCUACAGUAGUUUUUCAGUUGUACAAAGUGUCAGUUGUGCAAUGAAGGAAGCGCCCCCCCCCCCCCCGUCAGGCAAUUUGACGCCAUGUAUUGAGCAGAAACUAGCAAAGUGGCUUCAGAAUCAUUAAUAAAACAAAUCUGUCUAAUGUG